AUGGCGAAUGAAGAAGUAAUCAUUAAGCUCUUACAAAAGCCUAAGGGAGAUCCUCCAGCUGCUAAGGAAUAUAAUGGAGGUGGUAAUGGUGUUACUAUUAAAGUCAAAAGAACCACUCACCCUCCUGGGUCUGACUUCUACAGGUAUGAACACAGGGCUGAUAAUGGAGGAAAGUUCACACUCUUGGAAAUCUUGGAUGAUAAUGGUAAAAAAAUAAAUCUUCCUAAAGUUAAAAAUGUUCCAGAACUCCCAAAGAAUAAUGUUAACUCGGUUUCUGCCUAUUACUGGAAGCAUGAUAAUGAGAAUCCUAGUAAGGUUCUCGUGGUAGGGGUUACCACUGAAUCAGAUGGAACUAAGUAUUAUGCCAAAAGUAGUGGCAGUCCUAAAUGGCAUCGAUUUAAUUUCAGUUCUCCUCCCAAACAAUCUCUUCCACCUGAGGACCUAGAGAAAAAACUGGAUGACUUUAACUGUAAACGCAACAAGGCUGUAACCAUAGAUCUUUACUAUGUUGUAUCUAAGGAUGGUAUCAAGAAUGGAAAAGGAACACAGUAUUGUUGCUAUAACCAUUACCAUAGAGGGGCUGAAAAGGUCACUGUUACCCCUGUGACAAUUCCCUGCGCACAAUGUGGUCACAAUGCAAGCUCUAUUUCAUAUCAAAAGCACUCCAUCAGUGAUAGCAGAUAUAGUAUUGCUGCUAUCAAGUACAAUGAAGGUGGUCAGUAUAGUGGUAAAAAGAAGAGUAUAAAACUAACUGGGUUAGACUUUCCCACCUCUGAUGUAGAAAGCAUCUAUGCAUUAUACUCUAAUAAAACUAAGGAACCUGUAUUGAUCUAUCUUUAUUCACCUAAAUCUAAUGCUAAAGGUUGGUACCAUAAGGGAACUCAGGAUAGUAAACCAUGGACAGAAAUCCCUAAUCUCAAAGAUAUAACACCGGAGAUCAUUAAUAACUGUAAGGAGGAUAACUGGUCCAAACUUAAGGGUGCACUAGAGAGUGUUGGAUGUGGUCCUAAUCCUGGAGAUACUCAUCCUCAACUAGCCUCUCAUUUUACUGCUAAUAUUCCUAAACCCUUUUCUGCUCUUUUUCCCAAACUUGCUGCUGAAGCUCAACUUCAGGCAGUUUCUUCUGAUGACGAAUCUCCAGGAGAUAAUACCACUGCCAUAAUAGGAGGAGCAGUUGGUGGAACAAUAGGAACAGGUCUCAUCGGUGUUGCUGCGUGGAAGGGCCCCGCUCUACUUGCACAACUAAUUGCUCGCCUGUAA